AUGCAACAACUCGGUCUCUUGCGCAGGAAGUGCACGGCAAAGUCUGGCUCAGCCGAUUCAGGCUCACCUCCAGAUGCCAGUACGCACUCGGAGCAAGAUGGCCUGGAAGACAAUGUGGACUCCUCGGUGAAGUCACUUUCGGGAGCGCUGGAGUUGGCAGACAGCUUCCUUGCUGCUUCGAGCAGUCAAGAGGGCCUUCAUGUACAGAGCCUGGGAGACUGUCCUCCAACCUUGGACAAGAAUGACGUGACCGCCGUGACCGCACCGGAGCCGCCGGAAUCAAUUGAGGUGAGAAAAGAAGCUUCGCAAGCUUCGCAAGCUUCGCGCGGGAGCUUGCUCCGAAGAACUUGUCGUAUCGGAGGGCUGCCAUCAGCCUGUCCAGAGACAAAACCCAGUGCUGGGUUACUGGAGCUGAGGGAAGCUGCGACAUCAUUCUUGGAGGCGGACUUCGAUGCAUCACUUCCAUCACUUCCUUCAUAUUUUCAUAGGGAGCCUGAGGAGUUGAGGGAGCCAGAGAAUUCAGAGUCCGAGUGCGGGGACCGAGCCCGGUCGCCCACCAAAUGCACCCAAUCUCAGUCUGUGCCGGUGAGGCCGGCGAAGGAGGCGAAGGAGGCCAAGGAGGGGUCCGACGCCUCGGCGUCGAAACUGGAGCCUCCGAUGCCGACGGAGCCCAGCUUUCUCCCGGUGCGUCGACGGGUCCGGUGCAAGAGCAAAGCUCCGCGGCCGACGUGCGUCGAGGACGGAGCCUGUGACCCUUCCUUCUUCAGCUCACAAGAAGACUUCGAGGAUUUCUGGAUUUCAGCCCUUGAGAAAGCCUUGGAUGCUGAGGACGAGGAAGUGCACGGAGAGAGUCUGCUGCGAAGACCGACGCCCAAGAAUCGCUUGGACGCUGGCGGAGAUGCUGUCACAAAGACGCUCAAGAAAGGUCUGUCGACCUUCAUGGCGGAUGCCAAACCCCGUCUCGGGAAAGGCGCGUUGGAGGCCUUCAACGGCGGCGUGCCGCCGGACGAAGCUCUGCACGAGGCCCGUGGCUUGGUGUACAGGGAUAUGGGAGACUACCAGACCGCUUUGGUAGAUUUCGAUGCCGUGAUUGACUUGGAGCCCCAGAGAGGGAGGCACUACUACAACCGCGGCGUUGUCUACCACCGCAUGGGCCGUGAGCAGGAUGCCAUCGAGGAUCUGUCCAGGGCGAUCGAUCUUGGCAGCACGGAGGCCGCAGUCUUCAGCGAACGUGGCCUAGCGUGGAGAUCCUUUGGAAACAUGGCGCAGGCUGUGAUCGACCUCACGGCAGCCAUUGAAGCAGAUGGCACCCAGACGCUAUACUUGUCAAACCGUGCGCAAUGUCUUUUUGAACAGGGGCUGUAUGACAGAGCUGAGGCCGAUUUGAGCCGAGCUCUUCAGAUUGAUGGUCGCGAUGCCGAGUUGCUUUACAGGCGUGGCAUCACUCGCUAUGCGCAGCGGCACUAUGCAGAGUCGAUAGCUGACCUCAAAGCCGCCUUGUCGCAGGGACCAAUACCGGGGCAUGAGGCGGAGGUCUACUACCACCUAGGUGUUUCCUACGCCAACCUUGGCAAGCACCAACUUGCGGUUCCGGUGUACGACCAGGCCAUUGGCCUUGCAAAGGGUGACCACCCCCAUUACCUGCAUGAGCGCGCGAAAAGCUUGCAAAUAAUCGGCGAGCACAAGCGUGCGCUGGAUGAUUUCUCCAGAGUGAUUGACUUGCAGCCAACAAAUGCCCGUGCCAUGUUUCGCCGUGCUUUCAGCUUCAAGGCAGAGAGCAUGUACGAGGAGGCUGCCGAGGACUUCGAGGCAGAAGCUCUGCCGGACUGGUUACUGGAAGAAGGCUUCGCCGGUCAAGUUCGUAUUGUCAAUACAUCCACCUAUGGACGAGGGCUGCAAGCAGGCGUGGCCUACCUGCGGGGCGACGAGAUUUUGAGUGUCCCUCUGCGGCAUGUCUUUUGCAGCGAGACUCUGGCCAGCCUGAACAUAGGACGAUUGCUUACAGACAGAGUGGACCUUUCCUCUUCGGAUAUCCUAGCAGCAACUCUUGCUGCUUAUGCGAGUGACCCGCAACGAGAAGCAACUAUGAUGCGGCUGUUGCCAAACGAUCUCUCCCAUCACCCACUCUUCUACGACGACGACACUUGGGAACUGGCCGAUCGGCUUGUGUCAGGAGGCCUUUUGCAUUCAGCACUGGAUGAAGUGCUGCAAAGCUGGCAUCGGGUAUCCAGUGUCCUAAACGAGAUAUCCAAGACAUCGCUGGAAGCUUUUGAGUCUUUCGAGCAUGACUACCGUGGCUCUGAGAAUGGCUACCGCUGGGCUCAUGCCAUCCUCCGCAGCCGGGGUCACGCAGUCAGACUGCGUACACAGGAGGGCGAAUGGCGCAGCACCUGGGGCCUGGUACCUUUGGCGGAUAUGAUCAACAGGGACCCAGAGCCCAACGUCGAUUGCAGGACUCGAUACGGCUCCGAGUCUUGGGGUCUCAAUGGCUCGUUUGUCUGCACGGCGCUGAAGCAGAUCGAAGCGGACGAGUUCCUGUGGACAGAGUAUGUCUCGAAACCCGAACUUCGCACGAGCGCGACGUUUCUGCGUGAGUAUGGCUUUGUACCGGCUGAGACUCCACAUGAUUCCCUGAGUUGGCUUCCGCCAGGUUGCUCAAGACUUCACUGCAUGGUACGGUUGCAUGAUCGCUUGCAGCUCCAACAGUACUUCGGAGAAGGAUCAGGCAAUUUCGUUGACGAGGCGCUGAAAAACACUUCCUUGGUCAUGUCAGCAGCAAAACAGCCCGACCUAAAGCUGCUGGCGCAGCAUGAGAAGAGGCUCUUGCUCAAGAUUCAGAGGUCAGAGCAGCCAAGGGCUCUCUUCGAGCGCUGGCGGGGGCAGCCAGACUUGAAACCAGCUCCCGAUGCGCUUCCCGAAGCGCUUCAACUGUUUGAGGUGCUGCGCUCGCAGGAAGACCUACACACAGUUGCAUGGGACAGGGCAAUUUGGAACGCCGGUCAGUUUCUCCUGUCCCACUGGGAUGAUGCUCUUGCCGCCGAGGUUCUUUACAGCCACCAUGACUUCAGUCCCAGAUUAGAGCAAGUCUUCCGGAAGCACCGAAAAGAAGCGAUGACGAAGGUCACUUUGCGGUGUGCGUUUGCUGCGCAAGCUCUCCUGAACAACUUUUCCUGGCCAGUCGAUGCAGAGGAACAUCUUGCUCUGUCGUCAACCUCAGACUCGCUUGUCCGGGCAAUGUUUCUCCCUGCGAAGAUCAUGACUUCCAGAUGUCCCAGAGCAGAGGCACUUCAAUCUGAGCGCGAAUGGGAAGAGCAAGAGAGCAUAGAAAUCUGUCCGUAUUGGAAAGUUGCGGAGGAACCAAGCAUUCAAGAGCUGUACAGCUCCCAUCCGUACCCAUCGUGGAGGCGUUUCGGAUUCAUGGCCAGCGAGAAAAGGAAGAGCAUAAAGCGAACCUUAAUUGCUGGUGUUGGUACAGGCAAAGCCGUUCUGGCACACCUGCAGCACUUCAAUCCUGAAGAAAUUGUGGCAGUCGAUCUCAGCAAACGCUCCCUGCAAGUGGCUGCAAGACAGCUGCUUGCUUUGGAUAUCCGCAAUGUUGUUCUCUGGCAGUGUGACCUUACCACCUUACAGGGGCAGUUCGAUGUGAUAGAAAGCGUAGGCGUGCUCCAUCAUCUUCCCGAACCAGCUGCUGGGUUUGCCGCCAUGAAGCGAUUGCUUGCACCUGGAGGCACAUUAAUUCUUGGCCUAUACAGCCGCAUGGCCAGACGCAGCAUCCCGGUGAUUAGGGACUUAGCCGGAGAUGCCAGCUACGAACAGUUCCGAACAUGGCUCACAAGUACUGGCACAGCAGCACUCGGACGAGAAAUGACACUGGAGGAGGCCAGGUUCCGUGAAGAGUUCUUGUCUGAAUUUUCCAUAAGCUCGCGUAGUACUUUUGAAGAUCUCCUGCUGCACCCUGUGGAGCAUGUCUUCGAACUUCCACAGCUAGAGGAGCUCCUGGCAGCAGCGGGCCUUAAAGUUACUGGCGUCCGAAUUCCACCAGGAAGCCAAGGCGUGGCAGAUCGCUGGCUACCAUACUUUACACCGCAACGCCAGGAGAUUGAUGGCUGGCCGUCCAUGCCACUUCUAGCCUUUCUACACCGCAUUGAGACAGAGAAAGAGCCAUUGCUUUUUACGAACAUGUAUGUGCUGACGGCAGCCCACGGCAGUACGGACUAUCUGUCAGACAUGUCGCGCUGGGUUGCCCCCGACGCCUUGGAAGAGGUGGAGUCCCUUCCUCUGCCUUUUGAGCCGGAGUGGUCGAAGGAGUUGUUGGAGUCGGCUAUUCGAGUCCUAUGUUCAAGGAUAUUGCAUCACGUGAAUGGCACUGGCAGAUGGGCUUCACACGCACCUGGCGUUGCUGCCUGGCUCGAAGCGAAGGUUGCCCUGAGCCCCCACGCUGCUCGCAUUGCACGGUCAUUGCAGACGGAAGAUGCCGUUGAAGGAUAUUGUGCGAUGCUGGUAUCCCACUUCCUGGCUUGCUUCAAAGGCUUCAAAGUUUUCUGGGCGGGCUUCAUGGUGUCCUUGCUGCUCGGCUCUCGGCUCUUCGAGGCUGCCAAAGAGUUCGCGCCGGACGAUCCCCGACUGGUCAUCAACUACCGCAAGGUCUAUGAUGUGGCCUGCAUCUCCCUGGGUCCCUGUGGCCACGAGGACCCGAAGAUUAGCCAGGAUUAG